AUGUCAAAGGAUAACGAGAAAUGUGACAACGCUGGGAUCAUGGACAGCAGCUCAACAGGAUCUGCCACAUCACAUAGUACAAAUCAUUUUCAAAACGAAACAAAACCAAAUGAAGUUGGCGAGCCACCAAAAAUAGACCUUCGUUCUCAAGAAAAAGCAACUGAAGAGGUCAAACAUGGAAACGAAGAGAAAAACGACAAUCCGAUAGAUGGAGAGGAAUCCUUUGUAUCAGACGUACAAGAAGAAAAAGAAGAAAAAGUGGUAGACCCCAAAAACGAAAAAACUAAAGAAGCGCCUUUUAUUGAAAACCAAACUGAAGAGGAAGAAGAACAAAAUAAAGACAAAAAUAAAGAGGAGAAAAAAACAGAGGAAUCAUCGGAAGAAAGUCCGGAAAACAAGCAAGAAAAACAAAAUAAAGAAACUAUCGAAGACAUGAGAGAUGAGAAGGACAACACCAACGCAAAUUUAAAUAAAAUAGAAGAUACAAAAAAAGAUGAAUUAUCAAAUAAUCAAAUGGAUGACAUAAAAAAAGAAGAAAAGAAAAGUUCGUCAGAAGAAGUUAACCAACAAAACGAACCCAUAAUUAACACCCCUAAAGAAAGCACAAUAGAACCCCCCAAAGAAGACCUUGAAAAGAAGACUGAACCAAAUAAAACAGAGCCACAAAAGCCAGAAAUGGGAGAAAACGAAACAAAGCAACUGAUUGAGGCAUGCAAAGCAGCAAACGCAGAUGCUAUCAAAGAUCUUACAACAAACUUUGCGAUCAAUUAUAUGUACCAAGAUGAUGAAGGAAAGACUUUUUUGCACCAUUACUGCUCACAGAAUAAAGACGAUGUACUCUGUGUGAAGCCCAUCAGCAAUCAGCAGAACACACGAUUAAAAGACAAAGCUGGGAAAUUGGCUGUUGAGUACGCACUUGAAAACAAACUUGACUUAUCGACCAAAAUGAUACUUGAGGUGAACGAUCGAAUGGAUAUUAAAGUGUGUUACGAUCUUGGGCAGAACAGUGUGGAAAAACCUGAUGUUGCAAACAGGUUUGGGUUCUUACAUACUGAUGACAAAGAGAAGUGCCAAAUAUACGACGUGAAGACGCUUUCCAAACACAAAAUAAAACAGGAGGAAUAUCGUGAUGUGAAGUGGAAAAAAAUGAUUUCGAACUGGACUCCCACAAACGUACCCCGUAAAGUUGUUGAGCGCGUCUUAAAGGGAGCACCCCGUAAAUACAAAGCGAUGUUAUGGAAAAAGCUAUUAAACCUUGAUACCAUUGACGAAAAGACAAAAACUGAAUUUGAGAAGUUUAACGAAAAAGAUGUGAGAAGUCCACACGAUAAACAAAUUGAUUUGGACAUCAACAGGACUUUUCAGUUGCACUACAAAUAUAAGGUGCGGUUUGGUGCAGGACAAAAAGAGCUAUUUGAUGUUUUACAUUCGUUUUCAUUGAUCGAACCUGAACUGGGAUAUAUUCAAGGUAUGUCGAGUGUUGUCUCGGUGUUUGUGCUAGAGUUGACGCCACUUGAGGCGUAUGCUGCUACCAAAAGAAUAUGUGAAGAGAAAUGGAAAUGGAAAGACAUGUUCAAAGAUUUCGAUUUGAUACAAACACUAUGGAAAAUGACGUGUGAAAUCAUGAAAGAGAAAUACCCUGAAAUGUUUGAGUGCUUUAAAAAACAAGAAAUCAUCGACUGCCCAUACCCGUUCUUUAUAUUUGAGUGGCAAUAUCUCUGGUUUAUUCAUGCAUUCAAUAUAGAAACGUCACUUCGUGUAUUUGAUUACAUUUUGAUGGAUGGUAUUGUCGCUUUAAUGAGUGUAACAAACAACGUGCUCCAUUACAUCCAUACGUACGUCCCAAAAAUGAAAGGCAGUGACGAGUUGCAACAAAAACUCAAAACACCGCUCUGUCUCCUUCCACCAGAAAAGAUGCCAACAGCAAACAUGUUUAUGAAAUCAUUGGAAGAGCACAGGCUUCCCAAAGAAGAGGUCGAUGCAUUGUUCAAUAAGUGCAAAGUUUAA